CAGAGCAAGGCUGAAGGCGCGCAGCCUUGCUUCAGCUUCUGCCGCGGAGGAUGCGGCGCGCCUAGAAUGCUGCCGAGCCUGGUAAUGCCGCUGGCGGCGCUCCUCAGCCUGCGCCUCGGCUCCCCUCUGAUACUAAUACUUUUCUCUCCAGCAACAGAACUGCUCAGCCCUCCAUCUGUGUGGUUUGAAGCAGAGUUUUUCCGCCACAUCCUCCACUGGACACCCAUCCCAAAUCAGUCUGAAAGGACCUACUAUGAAGUGGAGCUCCUGAGGUAUGGCAUGGAGCCCUGGAAGUCUAUCCCCAGCUGUAAUCAGACCCUGCUGCUGUCCUGUGAUCUCACCAUGGCAACCCUAGACCUAUACCAUAACUACGGUUACCGAGCCAAAGUCCGGGCAGUGGACGGAAGCCGGCACUCUAACUGGACUAUCACGAGAACCCGCUUCUCCAUAGAUGAAGUGAAUCUGACAGUUGGCAGCAUCAAGCUAGAGAUGCACGAUGGCAUCAUCUUCGGAAAGAUCCAGCCCCCCAGGCCCAAGAUGGCCCCUAAAAACGACACAUAUGAAAGCAUCUUCCCAUACUUCCGCGAGUAUGAGAUUGCAAUUCGAAAAGUACCAGGACACUACAAGUUCACAAACAAGAAGGUAAAACAUGAAAACUUCAACUUCUCCAUCCCCGGAGAGGUGGGAGAGUUCUGUGUCAAGGUGAAACCUUCUGUGGGCUCCCGAGUGAACAAGGGGAUAUGGUCCGAGGAGGAGUGCAUCGUGCUGUCUCGGCAGUAUUUCACCGUGACUAACCUCAGCAUCUUCUUCACCUUUGUCCUGCUGCUCUGUGGAGCCCUGGCCUAUCACUUGGUCCUCCAGCUAUAUGUGCGGCACCGGAGAAAGCUGCCUGCCGUCCUGGUCUUUGAGAAGUCUAGUCCUUUCAGUCUCAUCAAACAGCUUCCCAGCCCAGACACCCAAGACACCAUCCAUCCCCUUGAUGAGGAGGCCUUCUCCAAGGUGUCCCCAGAGCUUAGAAACUCAGAGCUGCAUGGCAGCACGGACAGUGGCUUUGGCAGUGCCAAGCCAUCACUGCAAACUGAAGAGCCUCAGUUCCUCCUCCCUGCUCCCCACCCCCAAACUGAGCGGACUCUGGGAAAGAGGGCACCCCUGGAGCUGGAGAACAGCUGCAGUAGUGGCAGCAGCAACAGCACAGACAGCGGGAUCUGCAUGCAGGAGCCCAGCCUGAGUCUUGGCACAGGACCCAACUGGGAGCAGCAGGUGGGGAGCAAUAGCCAGGGCCAGGAUGACAGUGGCAUUGGCCUAGUCCAGAACUCUGAGGCGCAGCCCAGGGAUGUACAAGAUGGCUCAUCCUUGGGCCAUGUCAGUCCCUUGGAGCCUGAAGUGACUGAAGAAAAAGACCCAGCCAUGGUGGCAUUUCAGGGCUACCUAAAACAGACGAGAGGCACAGAGGAGAGGGCAGCCAAGGCAGACUGCCUGGAGGAAGAGUCCUCCUCAACAAGUGACCUUGGCCUCAAAUACAGAAUGUGCCUGGAUGCCAAGAACAGCUGGCCUCCACAAGCCCUGGCCAAGGGCUAUUUGAAACAGAAUCACCCAGAAAUGACUCUUGCUCCCUCAAAGGCCCCAACUGGACAGUGGAACCAACCAACUGAAGAAUGGUCACUUCUGGGCUUACCCAGCUGUGGUGACCUAGGAACAUCUGACUGGAACUUUGCCCAUGAUCUUCUCCCUCUGGACUGUGUGGCAGCCCUGGAUGGUCUCCUGGGCAGCUUUGACUCAGACCUGGUCACCCCGCCACUGAUCUCCAGUCUGCACUCAAAUGACUGACUCAGGCUAAGAGGGUGCUUUUGAUUUCAGCUUUGUCCUGGCUGGACUAGUUGGAGAGGCCCCAGAAGUCAGAAGUAAAACAUGAUGCCAGUCUGGACACUUUUCUGCAAGCCCAGUAGGGCCAGCCCUAGCCAGGCCCAGCAGGGCUGGCCUAGGUGCCCAGGCAGAAGGAAACCAUCUCACUAUGCUGGUGCAGAGUGUGUGGGUGGCCUUUUCUAUAGACAGGGCCCUACAGACUCUGAUAGAGCUGAGAAGGGUGAGGCAGAGACCUCUUCCUCACUCAAGACUCUUUCUAUAUGAUAAAGAUUAUUUGUUCUUGGGAAUCAUGAGGUUUUCUGGAGUUGUGUUGAGCCUGCCAGGCUGAAGUCAGCUCAGAUCCAGGCCUCCCCGACUAAGCCAGCCAUGUGUCAGGGCCUCUAGCAAGAUGGAGGCUGGGAAGAUGCAGGCUUCAGGGCCUCACAGCAAGCAAGGGUCAUUUCUAAGGGGAAAAAGAGGGAGCAAAGACCGAGUGUUAUCUCUUGGAUGAAUGAUUACCUGACCACUAGGCUGGGAUGGUCACUUGGAGAAACUCCUCCACUGGCAGGCUUCCCAGGUAGGGAGCAUGUCAUGGAAGAUCUUAAGGUGUGGCUGCCCUGGUCAGCCAGUUAAUCCAUCGACCAUUGUUAUAGAGCCAUAGGGGGAUGAAAGGAACUGAGACCCAGCAGAGUGUUUUGGCUCAGAACCCAUCCCUCUGGGGAUGUCUUAUGUUCAUAUGCAGAUAUCUUCCUCUUUCAGCAAAUAGAGCAGCAUCCCCCUCAAGUACUUGCAGUGGCCAAGCCACGCACUGUCCCUACCCUUUGGCCCCUGCAUUUGCCAACAGGUCUAGAGAAACAAUGAUUGUUUAUAUUGGUCGAAACUCAGCCCUUCAGGCAGCCUCUGGGAUUAGGCAUUCGUUUGUCUGCCCCAGAGAGUCAGAGUUGGGGCCUAACUGUGUUUGCAGCUGACAUCCAGCUACAGACCCACAGGACAGGGUACUGGACUGUGAUGUCUGCUCUCAGUGUUCAGCUGCAUGACCUUGGGUCAGCUACUUCUCAGAGGGCCUGUUACCCUAUAUGUGAAAUAAGGGGCCCUCCAGGCUGGAUGUUAGCCAAGCUGGCCUCUGGGAUAUUUCUAACCGCAUCUGAUCCUGGGCUGGGAGGAAGUGGACUGUGGAACCCUUGUCUACCUAGAGCCCGCUUCUUUCUCAUGCUGAGGGCUAACAGAUCCAGCAGAAGUCCAUGGCAUCAUGCUAAGAGAACUACAGACACUGGUCACUGAAAGCGGGCAGCUUUGGGCCCAGCUUCCCCAAGUCAGUUUGGAAUCUAAAUUCAAAGCUGGUUUACAGUCCAUGGACAAGAAACUGGGAGGAUUGACGGACCUAAAUCAUCCCAUGGCCCUGCAUUUCUCUGUGGCAUUCUGAGACUAGACAUUCUGGCCUAAGGAUCCAGCUGGAACGGAACCUUUUCACUCUGCCAAGAAGCUCUAGGUGACAGCCUGGUAACAACUCCCUCUGGAAACUUAGGCUUGAGGAAUGAUUCCUCAAGGUUCCCUUGGAAGGUUUAUUUAUUUAUUAUUUUAUUUAUUAAAGCAAAAUAGUGCAGUGAAAGAAUUCUGCAUAUUUCAAGAGCCUAGAAGUUCUAGUUCGGACUCCGUUGUUUCUAGCCAUGCGAUCUUGGGAAAAAUCACUUGUCCUCCUUUGUUUCCUCAUCUGUAAAACUAGAAAACAAUGCCUGACUUGUUUCAGGGAUGUGAAGUUCCACUGACGAAGUGGAUGUGAAUGUGACUUGAAUACUGUGAUAUAUUUUUUUAUUUCAAUAAAUUGUCAAGACCAUGGGAAUUGUGUGAAACCAGUCAGAUUUCUGAUGACACAGUGGCUGGUGGAGGACUCAAGCUGUGGGUGAUCGAGGAGUGAUAAUAAGAUGUGCGAUGUUACUUUAAGGACUGAAGACUCAGGCUCAAAUCACACAGAUUCAGGUACAAGUCCUCAGGCUAACAUUUAUUGUCUAUGACCUUGGGCAAAUUUCUGAUCCUUUCUAAGUUCCAGUUUCCUCAUCUAUAAGCUGGGAAUAAUAAUUCUUCAUGAGGAUGUCAUAUGGUUUAAAUGAGAUCACGUAUAAAGAGUUUCGACAGGCACAUGGUGGUUUAUGAAUAAAUAGCUGUCAUUGGCUAUAAGGGAAAUGGACAAUUUUUCUUGGAAA